AAAAAAGUUCCCAUACCAGCUCCCUUUUCUUCUCCUGUCUCUUCCCCGUUUCUCACAUUUACUUUUCCUCCCUGCAGACACCAUUGCAUUUCUCCCUCUUUUUCCUCCUGUUUAUUUCUUUUUCUGCUCCUCCUUUAAUCCAUUUUUUUUUCCCUCGUAAAAUAUAUGAACUUUUAAUCCCAAGUUCGUUUUUCGAUCUGUAGGGUAUUUUCAAUUUUGUUUUCUGUUUUUUAUUACAGUUUCAAUUUGCAUUUUGAUUUUUCUGGUCAAUGUAGCUUCAUUUUCGUUCUGAUUUGGGUUUUCCUUUUCUUUUUUGCAAAUCGAAGAUUUUGGGCAUCCCUUUUAUACUGAUUUUUAAAGCAUGGAUUCGAAAGAUCUCUUUUUUUUGGAAUUUUUUUAAUUAAAUAGGAGAAAGAAUCCCAAUUUUUCCCUUUUGAAGUUAAAUUUGAUUGCAGAUUAUUUUGAUUCUUAUAAUGUCUCUUUGGUUUCCAGUUGUUUUUUACCUAAUUCAACGCUAAUUAAUGCGUAUGUUAUAAAAAGUUUGAGCUCUUUUUUGUCAAGGGAAAAGAGAAUAUGUGAAUCGGUCAAUUUGGGAAUAUCUGUUGGUUUUUGGGUAUCAGUGUUUGUGGGUAGGAGGUUAUGUAUAUGGAAAAGUGAAUUGCUCGCAAAUAUAAGUAAAUAUAGCAAGAUUAUGCCUCUGGGUUGAGUUGUUUAGCAAUGGAGAAGUCGAAGAUUGAACAUAUUGUUGGUGGCAAGUUUAAGCUAGGAAGGAAGAUUGGGAGUGGAUCCUUUGGAGAGCUCUAUCUAGGUGUAAAUGUGCAAACUGGAGAAGAGGUUGCCGUUAAACUGGAAUCUGUGAAAACCAAGCAUCCUCAGCUUCACUAUGAGUCAAAGUUAUAUAUGCUUCUUCAAGGAGGGACUGGAAUUCCACAUCUAAAAUGGUUUGGGAUUGAGGCUGACUACAAUGUCAUGGUUAUUGACCUUCUUGGACCUAGUUUGGAAGAUUUGUUCAACUAUUGCAACAGGAAAUUUACAUUGAAAACAGUAUUGAUGCUUGCUGAUCAACUUAUUAACAGAGUUGAAUACAUGCAUUCAAGAGGUUUCCUUCACCGUGAUAUAAAGCCUGACAACUUCUUAAUGGGCCUAGGCCGCAAAGCAAAUCAGGUGUAUGCCAUUGAUUUUGGCCUUGCAAAGAAGUACAGAGAUCUUCAGACUCACAAACACAUUCCAUACAGAGAAAACAAGAACCUCACAGGCACAGCUCGUUAUGCAAGUGUCAACACUCAUCUUGGAGUUGAACAAAGCAGACGGGAUGAUUUGGAGUCUCUUGGUUAUGUGCUUAUGUAUUUCCUAAGAGGAAGUCUUCCCUGGCAGGGAUUAAGAGCUGGCACAAAAAAACAAAAAUAUGACAAGAUCAGUGAAAAGAAAGUUUCAACUUGCAUAGAGAUCCAAAGUUUGAUGCCCUUGUAUGCGUGCGUGUCAUCUGGAUGGGCAAUACUAAUGGCAGACAGUGAGGUGCUUUGUAAAUCAUACCCAUCUGAGUUUGUAUCAUAUUUCCACUAUUGUCGAUCAUUGCGGUUUGAAGACAAACCAGACUACUCAUAUUUGAAGAGGCUGUUUCGAGAUUUAUUUAUUCGAGAAGGUUAUCAGUUUGAUUAUGUUUUUGACUGGACGGUUUUGAAAUACCCUCAGAUAAGUUCCAGCUCCAGACGGCAUUCUGGUGGGAAACCAGGUCAUGCAGGACCAUCUGCAGAAAGACCUGCAGAAAAGGUCUCAGUUGGAAGAGAGAUUCGAGAUAGACUGUCAGGUGCAGUUGAAGCCUUUUCUACAAGGAAGGUCUCCGGCUCUAGUCCACAUGACAAUCUCAGGAACAGGUCCUCAGAGAAUUUUAUGCAGCAACUCGAGCCAGAGAAAGGGCGCAGUUCUUCUCGUUAUGGCAGCAACACAAGAAAAGCUGUUAUCUCAAAUAGCAGGCCGAGUUCCUCUGGCGAACCUAGUGAAGGUCGGUCUGGCAGAUUACUCUCAAACAGCGGCCGUCUGACUUCGUCACAAAGACUGCAACCUGGGUUUGAGCCAAAAUCAUCUACUCGUGCUGUGGCUCCUUCUAAAGGCCCUCGUGAGGAUACUUUUAGGAGCUUUGAGCUCCUCGCAAUCAGGAAGUGACGACAGAGAGAAUUCGAUAUAGCAAGGUAUUUGCUUAAGUGAAGCCUUGGGUAACUAUACUCUCUUCCAUGUCAAGCAAUCUUGGAAUUCAUAGUCCUGCCAUUGUAUACGGGAUGUCACUCAAUCGCUGCCAUCACUGCACAUUUCACAUUUUCGAAGAACAACAUUACUCAAUCUUGUUCUUGCAGCUUCAUUUAUUUUUUGCCACUUUUGUCUUUCCGACUCUUGGUAACUUGUUUUUAGGAACAUGGAAGAGAGUUUAUGGACUCUACAUAUUUUUUGGGUUAUAUUUGCUCCUUUAGUUAUGUCUAUGAGUGGUUGUAUCCUAUUCCAACCAUAUAUUUGCAUGUAAAACCAGGUUCAAAUGACUGGGGAUGGAAAUAAUAGUUUCUGGAUUGAUGUCCCAAAAUAUAAAACUUUAUUCUUUUCGUUUGGAAUCA